CAAGUGAACCACGUGGUUUGACAGCAGCCGCCGAGCAGGAUCGAGAUUCAGUGCAGAAUGAUAUAGGUUGUCCCGUUUGGAUCAUGAGGGCUCGAGGCCAUCGAUAUGGACGUGCUGCGAGGAAGAGGAGGAAGAAACAAGAGAGCAUCGCCCGCUCAGUCUCUCUGCGCCACCAGCCGCAGUACGUCAGGCUGAUAAAGUUUCUCCAUCAGCGAGGAUUCACAUCAACGCUGUUGCAGCCGGCUCUCUUCACCGACACAGGCAGAGGACUUCAAGCUGUCAAGACCAUCAAGUCUGGAGAGCUGAUCAUCUCUCUGCCGGAGUCGUGUCUCCUCACAACUUCAACUGUUCUGAGCAGCUACCUGGGUCCGUACAUCAAGAGCUGGAAGCCUCGUAUCUCCCCUCUGCUGGCGCUCUGUGUGUUCCUGGUGUGUGAGCGGCACCGGGGCGAGGCGUCUGAUUGGUUCCCCUACAUCGAGGUGCUGCCUAAAACCUACACAUGUCCCGCCUACUUCACCGAUGAUGUCAUGGCCGUUCUGCCAGCCAGCGUGCAGAGACGAGCUCUAGAGCAGAGGGAGGCGGUGAGAGGAGUCCACUCCUCUCAUCUGAACCUGUUCAGAUCCCUGCAGCCAAUCCUGAGUCAGCCUGUGGAGGAGGUGUUGACAUAUGAAGCAUUAAGGUGGGCGUGGUGUAGUGUCAACACCCGCUCUGUCUUCAUGUCCCAACCGUCCAACGACUUCCUGUUUGGACAGGAUGAUUAUGCUUUAGCUCCCUUUCUGGACCUGCUCAACCACCGCCCUGACGUGCAGGUAAAAGCCAGUUUCAGUGACGUGUCGAGGUGUUAUGAGAUCAGGAGUGUGUCCGGGACGCUCCGGUACGAGCAGGCCUUCAUUAACUACGGCUCCCAUGAUAACCAGCGGCUGAUGCUGGAGUACGGGUUCGUGGCUUCCUGCAACCCCAACAGCGUGGUGUACGUGGACACAGAUCUCCUCUGUGAAGUUCUAAAAGGUGACCGGAGUUUGGAUCAGAAGAUCAAGUUCCUCAGAGAGAAUCAUUUCAUUAAUAACCUCACGGUGUCCGGUGAAGGGCCCGGCUGGAGGCUGAUGACGGCCCUCAGACUGAUGUCGCUGCCUCAGACACUGUAUCCCCAGUGGAAGGCCGUGUUGCUCGGCCAGCAGGUGUGUGAGGAGAGAGAGGAGUGGAGCGUCAGGACAGUGAAGAUACUCUGUCAGCGAAUACUGCAGGACACACACACCGCUCUGGAGAAGAUCUCCCUCCUCCUCCUGCAGUGUGAUCAGUCUCUCACGGAGCAGCUGCAUGUGGUCCAGGCUCUGCGACAGGAGGAGAGGUGCAUCCUGGGAAGUUGUCUUAAAGACGGAAUGCUCAGCAGAACCACCAGACGAACUGUUGUCAUGCCAACCACAUGAAGACGAUGCUGUGAGCUGAUUGGUGCUUACUUCUGCCAGUCACUAUAAGAAGCAAUGUUAUUGGCUGAAGUGGAGAUGCGGGACAGUUCCUGUAUUCCAGCUGAGCUGAAAGAGUGUGUGUCCUGUUAUGACGGGCCUCAGGAUCUCUUCACCAUAAUCAACUGAUCUAAAGCACAGCCAAAGACACAGAGCAGUAAAAUGGUUUGAAAAAAACCAGGACUAUGUGCGGUCAUAUCAGUCCGCAGAAAGAAGUCCGGUCAAUUUAACAUCAGAGACACUGUCGCAUACUUUUAGAAUAUUUAUUUAGAAAUCUGAGGAGAGAACAAACUUUGGAUUCAUGAUGCCUAAACUAUUUCCCAGUAAAGAAAAGAAAAAGAGAACAGAGGGAGGAAAGAUGUGAGAAGACAGAGCGCUGGACAACAGAGCAAUCACCAGAAGAAGACAGACAGGAAGUAAACUCUAACGGGAUCGGCAGAAGAAGACAGACCGUGUUUAAAGACUGGUUAAUGGAGGAGAAACUGAACAAUACAGAAAGCCUUGAUCAGUGCCGCCGGUCCAGUCGUUGGUAGCGAACACAAUAAAACCACUUUAAAAGUCAAUAUUGUGAGUCAGGUGGUUGGUUUAUUUAGUAUGAAGGAUGUACAUUAUCCCUUAAUUAUCAAACAGCUGAUGAAACUGAAAUUGCGAAAUGAUUCCUGUGAGUUUAAGCGUGUGUUUAACAUGUUACAUGAACGGUUCAGAGUUGAACAACGGCCUUCCUCUUGUGAUGCUGGACGGUCUCCAUUGUGACCGUGGCUUCAUAGAGAGGGACGGCCUCCUCAGGCUGAGGUCUGCAGAGACAAACACCUCCAGAUUUAACUUCAUCUACAGUGUAAAUGCAUCUUAGAAACUGUGCUUCUUGUUUAGACUAGUGGUUCUGGUCUAAAACCAAUCAUUUUAUAGGCCUUAAAAUCUAAUAAGGAGGCUCUAUUGGGCACUAAAUAAACAAUAGAUACCACAAAUCAGUCAAUUAUAAUAUUCUUUGUUUUCCAGUACAGUUUCACUAUUCAUAUAUAAUUACUUCUCUAGGCCACUUUAAAUUAGCAGCAGAAUCUCUGAUUACACCUGUCACAGGAGAUGGGAGAGACACCUGCUUUUGUAUCAGAAUAAGGAUUUGUCUGACUCCAGUAUCUAGCUAAACAUGUGUGAGUUAUGCAUUUACCUGAGUACUCCAGUGGACAUCUUCUCCACCAUGUCCUUGAGAAUAUCUGACACAGGUCUGUUAAGGAGGGACUCCAUGUACCUGAAGAUGUGCACAUUAUUAUAUUCUUUACUUUACACCGUGUGUGCAGAGGAUACGCAGGUAUCUUCCCUGCUGAGCGGAGGAGGCCGUCCACACCUCGUGGUUGAGGAAAGUCAGAGAGGCCGAUUUUAAAUGCAGCAGUCUGCAGUCUGGAGGAUCCAACUGCAGGAAUACACAAAAGAAGAGAUAAGACAAUAAAACACCAAAUGUACGCUUUUUUAUUGAGCUGUACAAAUCUGUGGCAAUAAAACUUUUAUUUUCUUCUAAAA